CUCCUUCCUCAGGUGUUCCUCAGGCAUUGAAUCAGGGUGUCUCCGAGCACAGAGCAGCAGCGUACAGUAACUGCAGCUGCUUCCAGAUAUCCUCGUUUCCCCCGAGUGACAUCUCCGACAGAUGGCUGAUGCAGCAUGUGGGGUUCUCCCCGAUAUUUUGUCACCCCAACCCUUGCAGCAGGAACUCUGGCCUCCGCCGGGAUCCAGUCUUUCUCUAAAUUGUACGUUUCGACUGAUCGACGCUUGUAAUGGGAAUCUGACGUGGCUAAAGGAUGGAACUGCAUUGGAGGGCCUGUACAGCGCCCAACAGAGCACCUGGGAUGGAUUAAACAGCUCCGCAAGGUUCGUCUCCAGCAUUUUAGAUAUCAACAUAACAAAUGAAAAGGAUUAUGGAAUUUUUACUUGUCAGAUGCUGAACGCAACCGCCUCCUAUAUACUCCAUCGAACAGAUAAGGCCGGUCAUGUGGCUGCGGUUUUGUUCGCACUCUCCGUGUUGACAGCGUUGGUCGCCGGUUCUAUUCUGUACCUGAAAUGCAAACUCAAUGUCCUCCUUUGGUACAGAGACAAAUAUGGAGACCCCGAAAUAAAUGAUGGCCGCCUCUAUGACGCAUACGUCUCUUUCUGCCCCUCAAAUGUUGACACGAAAUUCACCAAUUUUAUUCUGAAACCCCACCUGGAGAACAAAUAUGGCUACAAACUUCACCUGGAUGAAAGGAGCCUGUUACCCAACACAGAGCCUUCAGCAGAGCUACUGAUGAACGUCAGCCGCUGUCGACGUCUUAUCGUGGUCCUGUCGCUUGUCUACCUGCAGCAGGACUGGUGCCAAACCAGCUUCAGGGAAGGAUUGGUACGUCUGCUGGAGCUCUCUCGGAAGCCCAUCUUCAUCCUUUUCGAGAAUCAGUAUAAGGAUUUGCCCGCAGAAGUUACUCAGCUGUUGAAUUCACAGAAAGGAUCCUUAAAACUGUUGCUGUGGAAAUCUGUGUCUGUGUCCCCGUCUUCUGAUUUUUGGAAAGAAAUACGUCUUGCUCUGCCUCGGAAAGUAGCUUUGCCAGACGGGAAGGGAGAUCCACAAACUCAGUUUCAGGAAGACAAAGACCCAAUGCUGACGCUAGAAACUGAUGCGGCGGACCCUGACCCUGACGGAGAUUUGGGUGUUCGAAGGACUCUUUACAAAGCACCCCCUCCUCGGAUGGCCCCAGAUGGCUCUCAUAUGGCAGAGAGAGGACCUGCCGGGGACGUAGAUAUUUCAGACCUGGGAUCCCGAAAUUACUCAGCCAGGAAUGAUUACUAUUGCCUGGUGACAGAGCCUGACUUAUAGGUAGAGCAGGCACAGCCGAUGGAAAGGGGACUGAAGUCAAAGGUUUGGAGGGAUUGGGGUGGAGACACAUGGCAAUGAAACAAACUGAAGAAAAGAUGGUUAUAGAUGGUUAUAAGUGAUGUGAUGGAAGUCUAAAUACAAAUAAAGACACCGAUGGUGUCAUAAAUCGGAGACAAGGCUUUUAGAAGCCGUGGGUUAUAUGGCAGUCAAGAGAUGGAUGCAGACAGAAGAUGAAUAGAACAUGUGCUGCAGAUGAAACAGCAAAGGAGGUAAAGUGAGGGACUGAACAAGGGGAGAUGUGGAUUGACACGGUUCUGGUGUAAGCUUCUGUCUGCCAUGGCUGUAUUAAUAUAGUCAGAAAAAGGUCACACAUAGUAGUACACAUGGACACGUCUCGUUGAUUAAGGGAUUUCGGGGAUUCAAAAAAUUGCCUCCAAAAUGUUAGCAUUUAAUAUAGAAAACUUUUCCCAGCCAGAUUCCAGGAUUCCAACAGAAUAAUACUUUGUUGUCUAUUCAAUAUGAAAAAGCUUGGCAAGCAUUUUAUAAAAAGCAAAAAGUGUUAAAGCUUUGAUGUUAGAGCAGAAGCCUCCUGACAAAAAAUAUCUGGCUAUUGUUAUGACGUCAAUAUUUCUUGUUCUACAUAUUUAAGACCUGUUACAGAUACUGACAACUAUGUCACCUGCCGUGUGAAUUGUAAUACAUGAACACAUUGGGUUAGACGGAUAUGUGUACGACUGCAAAGCUACAAGCAAUGGUAAGCAGGCAGGCAGACAAUGAGGGCUUAUGUUGGUUUUAAUGUGAUAGUUUGUACAAUCGAGCGUUCAAGAUGUUAUAAUGAGAUACAAAAUGUUGUUUUAACUAACUUUAAUGCAAGGGCAACCCUGGUGGGUUUCUUCUACAAGUACCACGAAACAUAAUGAUAGUUUUAAUAGUUAAUACAGUAAGAUCAAAUUUCUUAUGUUAUCUACAAUGCAUUGUUUAGUGAAUAAACAUGAAUAUUAAUCAUUUUAUAAAAUGGGCAUUGGAAAAUUUGUUCCAACAAGCAGGUUAUAACAGAACACAUGCCAAACUGCACAAGAGUCAAACUAUUUGACA